CUGAUUCAGUUAAUCGUUGAUAUUCUAUCAGAGUUGUUUGCUUCUCACUAUUUUCAAUUUUUAUAAUUGUGCAACAAUGAGAACCCAUGAGAAACUAGUAAUUUCGGGGAUUGCCGGACGAUUUCCCGAGUGCGAGAAUGUGGAUCAGUUCAAGGAAGCUCUUUUAAAUGGAGUCGACUUGGUUACAGACAAUGAUAAGAGAUACCCUGCAGGAAUAUAUGGAGUUUCCCGCAGGUCCGGAGUCAUACCAGAAAUAAACAAAUUUGACAACACCUACUUUGAAAUCCAUGCCACUCUAGCCCAGUAUUCGGAUCCGCGACAUAGAAUUCUGCUCGAAACUGUAUAUGAAUCCAUUGUGGAUGCCGGGUACAAUCCCAAAGAACUCAGAGGAACUAAAACUGGUGUUUAUGUCGGAAUUACUCCGGUCACUACCUUAGACGAAGUCCGGAAACAAGAUACUAGAGGUUACACCAACCUUGGAUAUUCUUCGGCUAUUGCAGCGAAUAGAGUGUCCUAUUGCUUCGACUUCAAAGGACCCAGUUUUUCUCUGGACACAGCAUGUUCGAGCGGCAUGUACGCUCUGGCAAAUGCCGUCAGGGACUUGAACACCGGAAAUAUAGAUAGCGCAGUGGUGGCUGUCUCCUAUAUUGUCCUGGUCCCGGAGGACACGAAAGAAUUUCACACUCUGCACAUGCUCUCGCCAGAGGGCAAGUGCAAAGUUUUCCAAGGCGAUAGAGACGGUUACGUGCGAUCUGAGACGGUAGGGAGUGUCCUGAUUCAGCGGGAGAGCGAUUGCAGAAGGAUCUACGCCACCAUUCUGGGGGCUAAAGUCAACGCCGACGGCUAUAAAAAGGAAGGUCUGACCUUUCCCAGUUCCGAAGGGCAGAUGGCGCUACUCAAAGAGCUCUACAUGGAGGUAGACAUAGAUCCGAGCAGUGUCAGCUAUGUUGAAGCACAUGGGACAGGUACCCCGGCAGGCGACAUACAAGAAUGUACUGCCCUGUCGAAAAUCUUCGGGAAUGGCCGGAGCUCUCCUCUUCCUGUUGGGUCAGUUAAAUCCAACAUGGGCCAUUCGGAGACAGCGUCAGCUCUUUCUUCCCUGACCAAAGUCAUCAUAGCAAUGGAAUCUGGGGUCAUUCCGGCUAAUCUACACGUGUCUAACAUGGAUGUGACUCUACCAGGAAUAUCGGACAACACGUUGAAGGUUGUGACGGAAAACCUCCCUUGGAAGGGAGGAUUAGUGGGAGUGAAUUCUUUCGGUUUUGGGGGGGCGAACGCCCACGUCGUAUUGAAAUCCUUCGAAAAGGAAAAAUCGAAGAACGUCGCAAGUCGAAAAAAUAGAUUAGUUUGCGUAUCUGGUAGAACAGAAGAAGCUGUCGCUCAUUUUUUGAAAGGAGUCGAGGACGGCCAAGACGACGAAGAGUUCCUGGCACUCGUCGAUGAAAUUCACAAGAAUAACUUUGAAGGACAUCCGUACAGAGGUUUCGUGAUCUUGGGAGAAAAGCCCGCGAGGGAAAUAAAGAAGUGUCCCCCCAAAAAGCGGCCGGUAUGGUUCAUCUACCCCGGCAUGGGUUCGCAGUGGAUGGGAAUGGGCAAGGACUUGAUGCGCAUCAAAGUAUUCCGAGAUACAUUUCUAAGAUGCGCCGAGGCCUUAAAACCUUUCGACCUAGACCUGGAAGCCGUAAUAAUGGACAGUUCGCCAAAACAAUUCGAAAACUUUAUGAAUGCCUUCGUUGCGAUCACAUCCAUCCAAGUCGCGUUAACGGACGUUCUGUUCUCAUUGGGAAUCUAUCCAGAUGGAAUUGCUGGCCAUUCUAUGGGAGAAAUCGGUUGCGGGUACGCUGACGGCUCGCUCACCCCUGAAGAAGCUGUCCUGCUGUCGUAUGCCAGAGGAAAGGCCAGCAUUUCGGUGCCGCUUCCCAAGGGACUCAUGGCUGCCGUCGGUCUCACCAGAGAAGAAGCGGAGAAGAUACUGCCUGAAGACACGUUCAUAGCUUGCGAAAACGGCAAAUCAAGCCUGACCAUAUCCGGUCUGGAAGCACCUAUGAGAGACCUGGUGGAAACCCUCAAGUCCCGAGGAGUUUUCGCAAAGAUCGUCGAUACGGGCGGGAUAGCCUUCCACACGAAAUUUGUGGAGGAUGCAGGGCCGAUGGUAAUGGAUAUGUGCAAAGGGGUGAUCAAAACGGUCCAGCCGAGAUCAGAAAGAUGGGUUUCGACGUCCGUCCCUGAUGAUAAGAUGGACGAACCUUGGGCGGGACUCAGCACGCAGGAAUACUACCACAGAAACUUCUUGAACCCAGUACUUUUCACGAGGGUGUACGAGCACGUGCCGAAAGACGCGGUGGUUUUGGAAGUCGCUCCACACGCGCUCUUGCAAGCUAUUUUGAAGAGGGAACUAGGGCCGGAGGUGACGAAUGUUGGCUUAGCGAGUAGACUGGCCGAUGACAACGAGCACUUUCUUCUUUCUGCUAUCGGCAGGUAG